GACCAACAGGCCGCCCUGAUGGGUGAUAUUGAAGUUGAAAAGGAGAGUGAUAACGAGUCUAGUGGUAGCGAAAGUGAACAGUCAUCAAAGUUUGACUUUGGACCGCCGCUGUUGUUUUCAGGAGACUCCAUUGAUAUGGACAGUUUACCUGAUAAUAUUAAAUCAAGAAUUGAGACUAUCACUAUUCGAAGACAGAUGGUUGGAAAACUGGGUUUGACUCUGAAGGGUGAUGAAGACGGCUGUGGUUGUGUGGUGAAGUCUGUACUUAAGGGCGGUGCGGUGGGAUUAGAUGGACGGAUUGGAGUUGGAGAUCACAUUGUUUCCGUGAAUGAUGAAAGCAUGAUUAGUUUAUCAGGCCACAGGGCCAGGUCUGUGCUCAGAAAGCAAUCUUUGCUGAAGGACAUCGUGUUCACUUUCAUUCGUAGUGAGAUGACGCCAGCACGAGCUAUUCAACAGUCUCCCUCGUCCUUCCUGGAAGACAGCUCUACGUCGUCAGUACACUCGUCGUCCCAGUCCCUGGAGGUUGAAGCUGAGCGAGAGCAGAGAAGAGAGGAAUCUGAAGAGUACAAUAUUCCCGAGGGAGUAGAAAACCUGCCUGACCUGCUUCAACCGGCUAGACCCCCCAUCUACGAUGAACCAGGAGUUCGUGUGGUGGAACUCAACCGCGAGCCUGACAGUGGCCUGGGGAUUAGUAUCAUUGGUGGCAAAGUCGGACCCCAGGGCAUGGGCCUCAAAGGAAUCUUUAUCAGGCAUGUACUGGAGUCCAGUCCUGCUGCGCGUUUAGGAACGUUGGCUACUGGUGACCAGAUUUUGGAGGUUGAUGGGCACGAUCUUCGUGACGCGUCACAUGACGAGGCAGUGGAGAUUAUCAAGCGAGCCAAGAAUCCAGUGCGGUUUGUUGUCAGAACAGUGGCUCCACCCAAACCACCGCGCAUGCCUGAAGUCACCCUCAAUAAUGUAAGCAGCCUCUAACGCAGACGCUCUUUGGGCUCGUCAGGAAGAUUGCGUGACGAGCCCAAAGAGCGUCUGUGUAAGAGGCUACUAGCAAUGUAUAGCGCUGAAAAAUGUAACAAGAAAAGUGACAACAACAAAUAUGUAAACAAGGCCAGAAAACUAGCGUCGUGAUACUUUUUAAA